CGGCGGCCUGGUGGGCGCCUCCAUACACGAGGUGCGGGUGUUCACCAAGCCGGACCUGGACCUGCCCUCCGCCUCAGAGUCUGAAAGUUGUCUCCACCUCACCCACCAGUCUGGAGGCCACUUGGUCGCCGCCCGUACUGGCCAAAACGCCCAUCACGGGAUACACCAUGUUCUAUACGCAGUUUUCUCCUCAGGUUGGGUCAGCAGAAGAACACGUAGUAAAGGUCACUGGUACGUCACAUGACCUCCAAGGCCUGGACCAGUUCACUGAGCACAGCGUGUGGCUCACCGCCGUCAACAGUAAUGGCGGGGGAGAUGCCACCCCGGAGGUCACUGCCAGAACCUUCUCAGACGUGCCCUCAAAGGAGCCUCAGAAUGUGAGCGUUGAGGCUGCCAGCUCAAGGAGCCUCAUCAUCUGCUGGGAGCCUCCGCUGGCCGAGCACCAGAAUGGGAUCAUCACCAGCUGCAAGAUCCACUACAAAGAGCGCGGCGAGUCAGGUUCCUCCAAGACCAAAGCCACAGACGGAAACAGACGACUCUUUGCCCUCAAGAAAAGCACCACAUACUCCAUAAAGAGGUGCCAAAGGAAGGCUCGUCCAGCCACGCCCUGCAGCCAGCCAUCCCUCAUUCCCUCCUGCUCGUUCUCCUCAAGUAAAGAUUAUUUGCCCCGAGGAACAACCUCCUGGAUCUUCUACUGAAUACAUAUAGUCUAAUAAGGGAGCGUUCAGGGGUA